GUCACUGUCAAUCAAUGCCGCAUUGCCUGCCAGCCAAAGCCAGCCAAACCAAACAUUGCAAUUUAUUUUGUUGAAUGAAUGUUUAAUUUUUCUUUCACACAAAAAAGAUUUGUUACUCUUGGAUCUUACUUGAAAAGAAUGGGGCGAAGAAACCGUAACGUGAAUAAAUUUGCUCAAAGGAAGAGAGACCGGAAAGAACAGGAGAAGAAUCCUCAAGAACAGCCUGCUGGUGACAAUCGUAAGCAUUACGAAGACAUAGUAAGAGAAAAUGCUGCUUUUGAAGAAUAUUAUAAGACUCAAAAGGUCUGUCCAGAGGAAGAGUGGCCAACAUUCAUGAAGUCACUCAAAGAAAACCUGCCGACCGCCUUCCGAAUCACUGGAUCGAAAUGUGAAGCUGAUGCUUUGCUUGGGAUUGUUAAGAGCCAAUACUUCUCUGAGCUGCUAAAUAUGAAGCUGAAGGUUGACGGCACUGAUGAGGAGGAGGAGAUUAAGCCUAUUAAUUUGCCUUGGUACCCAUCUGGCCUGGCGUGGCAGCUCCGUCUCUCUCGCUCGGACAUUCGCCGUAAUGAAGCUCUCUACCGGCUUCAUAAUUUCCUGGUAGCUGAGACCGCAGCAGGGGGGGUCUCGAGGCAAGAGACUGUGUCUAUGAUACCACCCGUUGUCCUUGAUGUUCAACCACACCAUAAGGUGUUAGACAUGUGUGCUGCCCCAGGGUCGAAAACCGCUCAGCUGAUUGAGUUCUUACAUGCCGAUGAAGAUAAAAUGCCUACAGGUUUUGUAAUGGCCAAUGAUGUAGACAACAGCCGCUGCUACAUGCUGGUGCACCAAGCCAAGAGGCUGAACUCUCCCUGCAUACUGAUCACGAACCACGACUCUGCUGUCAUGCCGUCUCUCGUCGUUACUGAUGAUAAGGAUCCGUCGACAAGUAAACCGUUGAAGUUCGACCGAAUAUUGUGCGACGUGCCGUGCUCGGGCGACGCGACGCUGCGCAAGAACCCCGACAUCUGGCUCAAGUGGUCCACCGGCAACGGGAAUAACCUUCACGGCAUACAAUACAGAGUCCUUCGUCGCGGUUGCGAACUCCUCGCAAUCGGUGGGCGCCUGGUAUAUUCCACCUGUUCCUUCAACCCUGUGGAAAACGAGGCUGUGAUACACAGGAUAUUGCAAGAGUCUGGAGACAGCUUAGAGCUAGUGGAAGUUAAGGAUAUGUUGCCGGGACUUAAGUUCCAUAAAGGCAUGAGCCACUGGCGGCCCGCGUCCAAAGACAUGGUGUUCUACGACAAAUACGAAGAUGUGCCAGAGAAAUGGCAGACAGUGGUCCGGCCACAGAUGUUCCCGCCCAAACCGGACGAAAUUGACAAAUAUCAUCUGGACAGAUGUGUAAGAAUACUACCCCAUCAUCAAGACACAGGCGGUUUCUUCGUGGCAGUGUUCGAAAAAAAAUCCCAACUACCGUGGGAGAAAGAGAUAAAAGAGACGGAAACGCCCAAAGAAGAGAAGAAAGAACCGCCCAAAAAGAAACGAAGAAUGGGCGGUUACAGGGAAGAUCCGUUCGUGUUCUUCUCCGGGGAAAAAGAAGACGUAUUCCCUUCUAUUAAGGACUAUUAUGACUUGAAGCCGGAGUUUGAACCGACUUGCUUAUUGACCAGAUGUUAUGUGGGGAAGAAGAAGAACAUAUAUCUAGUGUCGCCGAUAGUGAAGGAUGUUGUGCAAAAGAAUGAAUCGAGUAUAAAGAUCAUUAACACUGGUGUUAAGACGUUUGUGAGAUGUGAUAAUAAGAAUAUGGUGUGUCCGUUUAGGUUAUCCCAAGAAGGCCUGCAGAGUAUAUCUCCCUUGAUCGGACCCAAACGUCGAUUGCAGAUACCGAAGGAAGACCUAAUACGAGUGCUGCAGAAUGACAACCCGAGUAAACCCCCAGACGUCAAACUUUUCACUGAACACACGCAGGAGCUUAUCAAAGAUUUUGCGACCGGCAGCUGCGUCCUAGAAUACAAAGACCGGGAGUCGAGCCUGGCGCUGACAGUAGUGGGCUGGCGCGGCGCGCGGUCGCUGCGCGCGUACGCCGCUGCGGCCGGCGCCGUGCACUGCUUGCGGCUGCUGCGCGCUGACUACAGCAAAUACGAUAUAAAUAAAUUCAAAAAGGCGUCAGAAGUGCCCCAAGGGGACGCGGACACGUCCGAAGCGACUGAAACAACGGUAGCUAAUGACAUUGAUGAGCCGCAGUCUUACAGUGAAAAUGGCGCGAAAAAUGGCGAAAAAAUGGCGGUAGAUGACGCGGGAUCCAGUAAUUUAUAGUAGAUUCACGCGGGCCUCCAGAGCCAGCCUGCAGUGCGCACAGCGCGCCAGCAGCACGCAGCGCCGCCAGUAGUGCGCCUCCAGCGCCGCGCACUGCACGCGCGCGCCGCACCACGUGCAUCUUGUGCUAGACCAGACACCGACUGAACUAUACACGACGCACGAAUGCAACCAAACGCGCUACUCACUGCACUUGACAUGGGAGUAAGUUAAAAUAGCUGGAGUGAUUCAGAAAUGUUGGACUUGAAAAGAUAUACAGUACAGUGAAAUAAUAUUUCUAAAGGUAUUAGAUAUUUUCUUUUAGAAAGAUAAAAAUAAAUAUACUCACACAGGCUCUGGGGUAGUAUCACUUCCAUCUAUAGCACCAGCUUCAUACCCUUCGUAAUUGUGCUCAGCGCUUGUCGCCAUUUGUUUACGACCUAAAUAAAUUUUUCUACAUAACUUAAGUCGGCUAAUAUCUGUUUUUUUAAUAUUUUUUUAUACUACUUCUCAAAGCCAAGAAAAGCAAAACGAAAACUGUAAAGGCGAUAGAAUUCCACCUUGUGGAACACCAGUAUGUCUGUUAUAACAAUAAAAUUGUAAAGCAAUUUC